AUGGACAAAGUCAGAUCUUUCUCGCCCAAGGAUCGACGCAAGGGCAACAAAAGAGCUGGAGCCGGUGUACCGAAUGGCCGGCAGGCUGGUUUUUUGGAAGUGAGGCAUGAUAAAUUGCAAAACGGGACGGACACCAUCCACACGGAUGGCAAUGGAAGUAUGGAUCAUGCGGGCCAGCAGGCAUCAAGAGAGCCCAGCGAACAGGUUACAAACGGAAAAUAUGCUCCAGAUGCUACCGACGAGACGUCCACUGCACACUUAGUGGAAGGGGUAACGACAAAUACUUUCGACCAGCAAUAG